UGCAAAAUUGUGAAGAAUUUCUUUUUAGAGAGUAUUUAGAUGCAGAAAAAUUAGCAUUUCGCCCUCCCAAACAUCAACAUUUUAUCUUUUGCCCCCCCUGAUUUUCGGUGAAGCUCCGCCAGUGGUCCUUACUGCAAUUGGUCAUGCAAUAGCUUUGGCCAGACUAUUCUCCACAUUGCCGUCCAGAAGGGAGCAUACAAUGUGGUGAGAUAUGUCUGCUCAGGUCAAAAGUUUGUGGAAAUAUUUAACACGAGAGAUAAAGAUGGGAAUACAGCUCUACAUUUGGCUAUACUGCAAGGAAAUCAGUUCAUCUUUUGCCAGUUAAUGAGCAGAAAUGAAGUCCAUUUGAAUUGCAGAAAUAAGGAGGAACACACACCUCUUGGUCUUGCGCUAUGAAGACUCCCACGAGGUCUGAAAUUCAUGCAGGCCCCACAGCGGUGGAUUUUGAACGACCUUGUGCUCGCUGGAGCUGAGUUGGAUACUCGUAGAUUGGAUCAUUUCGACGCCUACAACUACGACAUACCUGACAAGGAGAAGCAUUCUGAAGUAUUAAGCAAGUCCGCUGGUCUCGGGGCCGUCUGCGCAGUGCUCAUCUUGAAUAUAUCUUUUGCGGCUCCUUUCAACAUAUCGAAAUUGUACCUGGAUCCUAGCACAUCAAAUAUACAAGUUGGCUUUUCAACAUUUAUCAUCGCCGAUGCCUUUGCGUUUGCCUUCUCCAUGGCAGCCACAUUUUGGUUAUCGUUUGCUGGCUUGUCUAUAGUCGACAUGCGGACACGCGUUAUUUACCUUAACAAAGGAUCAAUUUGCCUCUCGUCUGCGGUCUAUUCUAUGGUCAUUGUCUUCUUGCUGGGAAUAUGUGCGGUGGUUGGUCAUGUUGAUGCCAUCAUCACUAUUGCUGCUUGUGUGAUUGCACUUGGGGGCCUUAUACCACUAUUAGGGUUCACAAUAUAUCGUCAUUUUUGGGUGUUAUACCACAGGCUCGGCUUUCGAACAUGGUGCCGCACUUUCCUUGGCAUACCCCCUCAACAACGGCACCUUCAGAAGUAUGGCCAGCUUGGAAAAAACAGCUUGUUUGUGAUAAUUAUUACUCUUGGAUUGAUUAUUACUAAUAUGUCGAUAACGGUGACAGGCAAAUGUGUAAUACUCCGCCUAAAGACAGUUGAGCUGAGUCUUCUUACCUAA